AUGGCUUUCAAGUACGUCCUGUUGUCCUUCUGCGCUCUGGUGGGCGUGGCCAGCGCUGGUUUCCUUGCUCCGGCAGCCACCUAUGCCGCCGCCUCCAUUCCCGUGGUGGCCAAGGUGGCUCAGCCGCAUUACGAUGCCGUCGGAACCACCCAGCAGAAUGUGGUGCGCUCUUUCGGCGGCACCGUGUCCACCUACUCCAAGAACGUGGUCACUCCCUACUCGAGUGUCAGCAAGUCGGACUCCCGCAUCACGAACAACGUCUACACCCCCAAGACCCUGUACUCGGCCCCGGCUCCCGUGAUCACCAAGUCCUUCUACGCCGCUGCCCCAGCUCCCGUUUAUGCCGCUCCUGCUCCCGUUGUGGCCAAGACUGUCUACUCCGCUCCCGUGGCCAAGGCCGUUUAUGCUGCCCCCGCUCAGGUGUAUGCUGCCCCAGCUCCAGUUGUGGCCAAGACCGUUUAUGCCGCACCAGCUCCCGUUCUGGCCAAGACCGUCUACUCCGCUCCGGCUCCAGUUUACUCCGCUCCCGUGGUGGCCGCUGCCCCCGCCGCCUUCGUCAAGUACUCGCCCGCCGCCGUGGUCGCUCAUGCCAGCUUCGAUGGAUUCGGCUCCCACUGGGGAUACUAGGGUGUGAUAUCCCAACCUUUGUUGACACU